AAAAAAAAAAAAAAUCAUAUUCCCAAAUUAUUUUAUUUUUAUUUAUUUUGCUUUUUUUUUUUUAUGAUCCUUACCGUUGAGUACCCUAGAGGCUUUAAUCUACACUGUUUAAUUUAUUAUCUUUCAGAUCCUUUCGAUUUUCCUUUACUUAAAUUCUCUUCAUUCACGGAUUCAUGAAGUUUUGAUUUGUCGCACGCUUUACGAGUGUAUGAUGGAUUCGGAAGAUGUCUUGCUUGUUGAGGGGCUUGAGGUUGCCCUUCAAAAUGGUGUUAAUAGGAAACUUCAGGUGUCUGAGGACGACGAUGGUUUUUCAGAUAAUGUGAAUGGGAAUGUUGAGAAAACUUUGGAGACUUGUUUGCAGAAUGAAAUGGAUGAUAAUGGAAUAACUAAGGAAGAUAGAGAAGGAAUGAGUGGCUUCGUGGAUAGCAAUGGAUUGAUUGAUUCUAAGGAAGGGGAAGUUAAAGAUAAUGUGAAGCAAUCCAAAUCUCAGAAGGUUCAAGGGAAGACCAAGAAUGAGAAGCCCUCAGGUCCUAGAAAUGUUUCUUCAGCUUUAGUGAAGAAAAGUAAAGAUGGAAAAAGUGCAGAGGCGACUUUGACAGCUUCAAAGGGUGGUUCUCUAGCUAAAAAUUCACGUCCAAAACAACCUCUUCAAAGUAGUAGAUCAUUUAAUGAAAAACAUGGCAAUGCAUCCAAGCAUUCUGAGAAAUCUGGUGCAGCCUUCACUGAAGGCACUAUGGAGAAACCCAAGCUGAAGCCUUUGAAGAAAGGACCUAUUCAUAAAACUGAAGUAGACACAGAAUUGUUAAGCCCCAUGGCAGCCGAUGCCAAACCUCUUAGGGUUGGUACUCUUCCAAAUUAUGGUUUCAGUUUCAAGUGUGAUGAACGGGCUGAGAAAAGGAGAGAGUUCUACACUAAACUUGAGGAAAAAAUUCAUGCAAAGGAAGUAGAACAGAGCAAUUUGCAAGCAAAAUCCAAGGAAACUCAAGAAGCUGAGAUUAAGAAGUUUAGGAAGAGUUUAAACUUCAAAGCAACUCCAAUGCCAAGCUUCUAUCAGGAACCUGCACCUCCUAAGGUGGAAUUAAAGAAGAUACCAACUACAAGAGCUAAAUCUCCAAAGCUUGGUCGAAAAAAAGGCUCAGUUCCUUUAGAGUCUGAUGCUAUUAGCAAUAGCAGUCACCAAUCAGGUCGGCGAAGUCUGGAUGAGAAAGCAUCUCAGAGCAUCUCUGCCAAAUUAAUUUCUCCGGUUCAUGCAAAGAAGCCACAGCGUAAAUCCCUUCCCAAACUGCCUUCUCAGAAGACUAGUUUGGCCGGUGCAACAAAUGAGGAAAAAGCAUCUAAGGCAUUGAAUCAGAAAAAGGUAGCUGCAUCCAAAGCAACUUCUGAGGGGAAAGUAGCUUCAUCCAAAGCAACAACUGAGGAGAAUACAACCUUAUCCAAUGUGACAAAUGAAGAGUUAUCUCCAAUUCAACAGCAGGAGGCGGUUCCUACAGUUGAUUCAGGAGAAAGUCAGCCUGACAUUGAUCAACGGCCAGUGAUCGGAGAGCAAGGACAGCUGGACUUUGUACAGGAGCCUAUUGCACCAUGAUGUUCAUAUACAAAGCUGUUGACCUCAUUUUGCCUAAAUAAGGACGUCUAAGACUGAAUUACUCGAUGAUCAAGGUAUGAAAAACUUCUACAUUAGCUUAUGAUGUCUUCUCUGAUAUUUGGCAGCUUUGGUUGUUUCGGUCGUUGCUUGCAGGACUCUGUGUCUAUCUUUUACCGAGUUGUCCUAAUGUAUGUGGUUUAAGGAUGGGCUUUAUUGAAUAUAUUUUGGAAAGUUUUAGGAGUUUUUCUUUUGUUGUUGUUUAGAUAAAUCCAUGAUUAGGGUUUCUCCUUGGCUGCUGAAUAACUUGGUAUUGUGAAUUAAAAGUCCUUUUUAAAUUUCUUUGAA